AUGUUGAAACAUGGCGCGGAGGAAUUGCUUGCCGCAAAGCGACGAUUGGAACAGGCUCGAAGACGAUCGCAUCUCAUUGUGCAAUUUGUUCGGGCCACAUUCGACUACGAUGAAGCGAAGAGAGAUGCUGCUCGUCACCGCGUCCUUGUGCAAUGGGUUCUGGAUCAGGUUCGCCUGGUUGAGGGUGAGAUCAGCUCGUCAGAAGCAAAUAGGUCCGGGUCUGAUGGAAAGAGGACAACGAAGAAGAGGCGAACUACCGACGAAGAGUCCCCAGAGAGACAAAGCCCGAAAAAGGUGAGAUUUAACGUUCGAGGACCGAGAGUGGCAAACGAAAGGGCCCCGUCAAAUGCCACAAAAACGCAGGCAGAACUCGAGCAUCCUGUCGCUGGUGGUUUGCACCUGAACAAUGUUCAGACAAGUCCUGAAGGACUUCGUCGCAGCGCACGUAUUGCGGCGUGCCGAAACGCUUCCACGACAACCUUUGAGUCCGACACUUCCCCACCAAUAUUACGCUCAAGGUUGGGAGAAACGCCUGCACCGUCGCCGAAGCCUCAUCCGCCGAUUGAGGAUACGAAAGCUCACACGGUGAGGAGACAAUCGCGUUGCAGCAGUCAAUGUGGUAUGGGUAAACCCUCACGGAAGUUGCGGGGACGUCGGCAGCGAAGACAUGGCUGA